CGCCUGCGCACUCUCUCCAGUCAGUUGAACAGAGAGAGAGAGAGAGAGAGAGAGAGAGAGAGAGUGUGUAAGCACACAUGCUGGCUGAUGUAAUUACAACCACCUUGUUUAGAAUGUGUUGAAUACAAUCACAAAGUCGGUUGGCCAUAGCUGCAUAAGAUGACCUUCAUUACUAUCUGUUGGCUAAUCAGAAAAUAAAAUCAUUCUCUGCAUCAUGUCACUGUUGACGCACAUUUUGGCUUGCCUCUUUGGCAUUGGGUCAUGGGUCGCCAUCAAUGGGAUGUGGGUUGAGCUCCCACUGAUUGUACCUGAGAUCCCUGAAGGUUGGUACCUACCCUCCUACCUCACUGUAAUCAUCCAGCUGGCAAACAUUGGACCACUUUUCAUUACACUUAUGCAUCGCUUCAGGCCGGGGGCGCUGGACGAGCGGCCAGUUAUCUACAUCAUUGUAGUGUUGGGUGCCCUGGCCACUUUCCUACUGGCCUUCCUCUGGAAGCACACACUAUUUGUUGGAAAUGCUGUACACAGUGUAGCUCUGCUGUCUCUCAGUUUCCUACUGUCAGUGGUGGACUGCACUUCCUCUGUCACCUUCCUGCCUUUUAUGAUGAGGCUCCAGCCUCAGUACCUCACUACUUACUUCGUUGGAGAGGGUCUGAGUGGCCUGAUUCCAGCACUCGUGGCUCUGGUUCAGGGUGUCGGGGUGGUCCAGUGCAUAAACGCUACAGCUAUUGCAAAUAUAAGCUUAGUCAACUACACAGGGAGGACCAGUAGUGAACUGGAGGCACAUUACCAGCCAGCUAACUUCUCUGUCCAGGUCUUCUUCCUGUUCCUCAGUGCCAUGAUGGCAGUGUGCCUGGGCGCUUUCAUACUGCUGAACUACCACCCUGCUGUAGUAAAAGAACAUAAAUGUGAGAAGUAUCUUGGUGACACAAGUCACCAAGAGAAGGCUGACAUUAGCCUCUCCAUGCAGAACCAUCCUGCAGAGCAGACACCCAUGCUGGAACAUCCAGAAAGUCAAGCAAAUAAACCUCGCAGCACCUUUGGAAAAGGCACCUACAGCAGAGCAGAGGUGGUCUUGAUUUUUGUUGUUCUGGCUUGGGUUAAUGCAUUAACCAAUGCAGUUCUCCCAUCAGUACAGUCCUACUCCUGCCUGCCAUAUGGUAAUCAGGCUUAUCACUUGGCGACUGCAAUGGCUGCAGUGGCUAACCCUGUGGCCUGCUUUAUCGCCAUGUUUUUCCCAAUCAGGUCUCUGAUGCUGAUGGGGGUUCUCACAGUGACUGGUACAGGGUUUGGGGCCUACAUAAUGGGCAUGGCAGCAAUGAGUCCCUGUCCUCUACUGGUUCAUCAUGAACUAGGAUCUGCACUCAUGGUGACAACUUGGGUGAUCUUUGUCCUCACUCUGUCCUACGUGAAGGUGAUCAUUGGGGUGAUCCUGCGUGACGAAGGACGCAGCGCCCUGGUGUGGUGUGGUGCUGUAGUACAGCUCGGUUCCAUGUUAGGGGCCAUGUCAAUGUUUCCUUUAGUCAGUGUUUAUGGGCUCUUCAAAUCAGGUGAUCCCUGUAAUACCAAGUGCCCCAAAUGAAGCAAGCUCCAUUUAGUGAUAGCACAAAUAAUACAUAAAUGUUUUCCAGCUCAUUUAUCUAAGACAAAGGACAAAGAACCAGUUACAAUAUUAUGAAGACUGCAGACUGAAGACCAUAUUUUUUUCUGGUUCAAAGACACUACUGAAAUGUUACACAAGAAGUGGUUUUCUUUUCCCAGAUACUUGCACUGUGUUAAGUAGCCUUGAAGUGCACUAGAUUAGUUACACUAGAUAGAGCUAUAAUGUUAAGACCAAUGUAAAGAUAUGUUUGUCUGUUGUGGUUAAUGUUAAUCUGAAUGAUGCUUAUUUAAAAAGUGCCUUCAUAGUAUGCUAUUUAAAGCUGAUGUUCAUUUGUUGCAUGUCUCAAAUGCUUUACUACUUUUUUAAGUUGUGAAACUUUAAUACAAAUCACUGUUCAUCAAAUUAAAUAUUUGUCUUUUUAUAUAUAGAAUAAAGUCCUUCAAAAAUG